AUGACAGUUGAGCCCAACACUAUUAUCAAGCAGGCUUUGUGUUUGUUUGUGUUUUGGGUGUCGGUUGAGGAUGAGAUUAAGACCGAGGAGAAGGCAGCUUUACCUAAAUGCAUUGGUCCUGGCUGCAGUAAUGACUCUUUGCCUGAGUCAGUGUACUGCGGUCAUCAGUGUAUUGUGCGGCAUGCAGCAGCGGCAAUGAAGUCUCUCUCUGAACCCAAAAUUGAGACAAAGCCUGCUGCCCCACCAGCUGACCCACCUCUCAAGAGUGAGAAACGGUCAUUUCUUGCAAAGCUUUUCAAGGUGAAGGUCAGUAAGACGCCGGCACAGGAAGAGCGUGUGAGCAAGCAAGACAUGGAUGAAGAGUCUCCGUGCUCCGCUGCGGUCGCUGAGCCUGUACAGUCAACCACACCAUCCACUCCUGCUCCAGAUUACAAACCCACCGUUAAAGAGAAAGAUAAAGUCGAGUGCAGUACCAGCACACCACAGAGCCAACCUUCAGAUCCAGACAUGUCCUCUUCUGAAAAAGUCCCCGCAGCUCCACUCAUUAAGAAGUCCACUCCAGGAAGAGCAAAGAAAACCAUGCCAGGCUCUCCACGCCUGGAGCUUCUGAAAGGGGCUCUCGGUAAAAGCCCUUUAUCUAUCCCUAAAAAGCUCUGUGAAUCCAAGGCACCCAUUGAGUCCAGUAAAGCCGCAGAAGUGGUUACCUGUGGCCCCUGGGAGGAAGAGCCCACUGCGGCCCCUCGCGCCAGUCCUCUGCUGAUGAGACAAAGCAUUCGCCGCUCGCUGAGUACAGUUCUCUGCAGAAGGUUCAGUCAGAGUGAUGAUUUGAAGAUUUCUGAGAGUGAAACUGAAAAGAUGGCUGUGGACAUGGAGAAAGAGAUGUUCAAUAUGUGUUACACAACAGAUGAGGAGUAUAAGAAUAAAUACCAGUAUCUUGUCCUCACCUUGAAAGAUCCCCAAAACAAGGAACUGUGUCAUCAGGUUUUGAAAGGAAACAUACCUUCAGUGAAGCUCAUUCAGUUGAGUCAGCAGGAGAUCUCUAUGGAGAAGGAAUCAUCCCUUUUUUCUGAGGAUGUGGAAGAACCAGCUACUCCUCCUGAGAAAGUGCUGAGUGUGGACACCACGCCGUCACCGAGCGCAACCACUCCUUCAGAAGAGCAAUCAUCUCUGAAGCUGCCUCAGGCAAAGGAAAAAUGCUUAGGUGCUCCAGAUGUGAUCAGCUGCAUGCUGAAAGACACUACAGCAGAACACAAGCGCCAUCUCUUUGAUCUUAAUUGCAGGAUAUGUACAGGCCAAGUAUCCACUGAUGAUGAUCCCGAAACCAAGAAACCCAAGAUGACGAUGACAAAAGAUGAGACAGAAAAGGAGAAAUCUUCAGGGGUUGUUCACGUGAUCAAUGAAGCGUUGGAUUCUGAUAUAAUCGAGUCCCCUGCUUCUCCCAGCGGGGAGGACCUAAACUCACAGAUACCCUCUGCAGAGUUCUCUCCUGUGUUGAUACCUUCAGUUCCCACUGUGCCCAUCUCAAGAAGAGACCCCCGUAGAGCACAGUACCGACAAGCUCCGCCAUUGUCUGCCGGCCCAGAGUCUGCCUCAAUCCCACAGCAGCCUGUGAAGAACGCACCAGAAUCUCUGAAAGAGACGCUUCCACCACAUGUGUCCGUACCUAUUCCUGCUCCUAUGCCAAAAUCUAUCCUCAUGAAACCUUCGCCAGCUUCUCUGGACACUUCAUAUGGCUCAACGACAAGCCUGGCAGAUUGUGAUAAAGGAACAAAACAGUUUUUAUCCAAACAGAACAUUAUAUGGAAAGGCUUUCUUAACAUGCCAACUGUGGCCAAAUUUGUCACAAAGGGAUACUUGAUUUCUGGCUCUCCUGACUUUUUAAAAGAGGACUUACCAGACACUAUACAAGUUGGAGGAAGGAUAUUACCUCAAACGGUGUGGGAAUAUGUUGAUUUGAUAAAAACAUCAGAGGCAAAGGAGCUGUCAUUAAUCCGGUUCCAUCCAUCUUCUGAAGAGGAAGAGGUUGCAUAUGUCUCUCUGUUUUCAUAUUUCAACAGUCGUAGGAGAUUUGGGGUUGUUUCUAAUAUUUGUAAACACAUCAAAGAUCUUUACCUCAUUCCUUUGAGUACAAAACAGUCCAUCCCUGCGGUGCUUCUUCCUAUUGAUGGACCAGGGCUUGAACAGAAUCACCCUAAUCUCCUAAUAGGGUUAGCAGUCUGUCAAAAGCCGAAGCGUCCCGAGGGAUUGCCACAAGAUGUUGGCGAAAAGAAUUCUAGGUCCUCGAUGUGUUUGGAUGGGAAGGGAACCAGCAAUCCUACCUCACUAAAUGAUCCUGGACAACAUAGCAUAAAGACUUGUGAUGCUGACAUCUUCCUCAACUCAAAUUCGGCUGGAUCUUUACCUUCAGUUGGGUUACCAGAUCCAUCAUGCUCUGCCAGCGCUCUAUGUGUCCCAUCUUCUCUCCCUAGUGUGUCAAAUCCCACCCCAUCUGUCAGUCUGGGCCCAUUCAAAGACUCCACCAGUAACACCCCACUUCAGACCAUCCUUAACACAUUAUUUGGACAAAAGAAACAGCCCUCAGAUGUCACAGAGUGUAAGAUUAGCUCAUCAGCAGAUACGGUUCAGAUUUGUCAACAGACUUGCAAAGAUGAUGAUGCAAUGAUAUUAGGUGAUGACAGGCCUUACGAUCCUGAGGAGUACGAUCCGGCAUGUUCUAAUGGGGCCAUGGGUUCUCUCAGUCCAGCUGAAGUUUUGGAACCUAAAGGUCCAUCUGCAGUGGCUGAUGAUGAUGAUGAUAGACCUUAUGACCCCGAGGAAGAGUACAGUGCAGUUGGUAAUGGUGUUACUGUCAGAAAUAAUGCACCGAAAGCAUCAGAGGCUAAACACACAGAAGAGUCCUCUACAGUUACCAGUGAUGUAGCUUAUGAUCCAGAGGAUGAGACAAUGUUUGAGGAGAUGCAAAAUUACCUCACAAGUAAUGCUAUACCUCACAAAUCCACCUCCUGUGAACAUAACAUGCCACAUUACAAUGAUAACACCUCAGUUACAACAUUCUCUGAGCAGCAAAAAAUUCUAGAAGAGUUGAAUAGGCAGAUAGAGGAACAGAAAAGACAGUUAGAAGAACAGACAGAAACUCUACGCCUACAGAAGGAAGCAAUUGGUGUUUCCAUGGCCCAUUUCUCUGUUUCUAAAGCUCUGAUGUCACCAACACAGUUUGAUAAGGAUGAAGAAGAAAGCAUAGAAAACGUACCGUACUGUCCAGUAAUUCAUCAGACUAGGGAUCCACGGAUCUGUCGAAAAACAAGCCAGGAUAUGCCAGUUGAUGAUACUGAAUGUGAGGCUAUAGAUAAAGAAAGUGCAGAGACAUUAUUAAACACAGAGGAAGCCAAUAAUGAAGUCCUGAACAAAUCUUUUACCACAAAGAAAGAGAAAUUAGCUUCUGAUAAAGCAAUGCCCAAAGAAGGAUCACCAGACACUAAAAGUGCACAACAAAAGAACACUAAAUGCUCACACUCAGAGUACACACACAAAAAUCAAGGCAGUAGAAGGUCCACACUGAGCACAUACAGGUCAUCGAGGAGGAGGUCAUGGCACGAACACAGGUCAUACAACCAAGACAGGGCAUCUUUAAGAGCAUCGCGUACAGUUAGAUCCUCAAAGGAUGACUCAGACAAACACCAUAGAAGUAGACACUCUGCAGGGCAUAUCUCUAGAGGAUGUUACAGUGACAAAAAAGGAGUGACAACAUCAAGGAAAAGGCAUUAUCACCAUCACAGAGACUCAUCUUCACCCCCAAGGUAUCGUCGGAGAAGUCAUUAUUCCCCCGUAUCACACUCAAGCCGGAGAGACAAAUCUUCACAUGACGACAGUGACCAGUCACGCAAGACUGACCUGUCCGAGCAUAACACUAAACCUUCACAACAUGAAUCUGGCCAGGUGCCAGACAGUGAUAGCAUGCAAUCUGUGUACACAUCAGGACAGAGUGUUAAAGUGGAGGGGGAGGCUGAUAAUUGCAAAUACAAACAUUUGGCUGAAGUUCAGAAAGGUGGUCCUCAUAAUACAAAACAUGAGGCUGAUCAAAACAAGGGACUUCAGUCGUUCCAAAACCCUGGGGAGGGUUCUUCACAGCCUCUGUUAAAUAAAUCAAUUGACAAAAAUCUGCCACUUUCAGUCCUGUCUGAAAUGAAAAGGGAGAAUUUGCCCCAGAACCAAACUGACUCUUCUAAUCAAGGAGCACUACUGCCUACACCCUGUCUGGCCCAUGGUGCUACUGACCUACCUUCACACAGAGUUACACCAGCAUCACAGCCAUCUGGCAUUCAGACAGGCGUUUUUCAACAUGAUACCCAGCCACCACAUAACCAAACAGAUAGUUUUUCUGAGACUGGCCAGAUUGAUCAAAAGAGAAACAUGCCAUCAAUGCAAAGGCCAAAUUAUUCACAUAAGACAGACCAAUUACAUUCAGGAGAUUACCCUCAAAGAGCUUUCCAUUCACAAUAUAGAAAUUUAUCACAAUCUGACCCCGAUCAGUUCUUUUCCAGAGAACUGCCUCAAAAUAAAAGAGGGAAGUUUAUGCAUGAUGCAGACAACAACAAUCAACCUUAUGUAUCUCACAAACAGGAAGAAUUCUCCACAGGCACAUUUCACCAAAAACAUCCCAACCACAGGCUCAGAAGGUUUCCAGUGGAAGCGACAGAUCAGGUUCAUCAAAGCCAGCAACCCAGACCUGACCAGUUACAUGAAUGCAACUUUGAAGAACCUGAAACCACUGGAUUAUGUCACAAAAAAUACACAUCUUAUAAACAAGGCCAGAAUUUUAAUGAGGAUGAAUCUGUCCAGUUUCAGCAAAGAGAGUCACUAUUAGGGCCUCCUCCUGUGCACAAAGGCAAUUUCAGACCUCUUAAUCCUAGAGAGCACUUCCACCCUUCCACCUUUGAUAAGUGGAAGCCUUUGAGAGAGCGUCCUUCUGUAAUGAAACGGAGAAGUCCUGAAUUUGUUCAGCCUAGGGAUGGUAAUUCUGGUAGUUCUACAAACUUUGGACCUAGGGGCCAAUCCUCAGGUUUUGUGAGGUACGAAAGCCCGACUAAAGAUCUUCAACCCAGUGGACCAUUUGCAGAAGAGAUGUUUGAGAGUUCGGGACCUGCUCGACCCAUUGGAUUAAAGGACCCAUCUCAAAGACAACGUUCUUUUAGGUGUGGUAGGGGUAGACACAGGGGUUCACGUCAGGUAAUGCAUGAUAGAACCCAUCUAAUGAAUUCAACUAAACAAAUGAGCAUUCCUAAUGUUGAAGGGCCAUCGGAGAGACAGAUUGACGCCAGAGGCUCGCACACAACCCCAACCAGUAAAUCUCACGUGCCACAUCUUGCUAAUCCAAGUGGUUAUGCACAAGAUGAACUACAAAGCCCUGAUCACCACCAAACAUUUGCAGAGGAUGCAGCAGAAGACAGAAUGCACACAGGUUUUUCAAGACAGGCUCCAUCACACUCUCAGGACCCAGCACAUGGGGCCAUGCAUAGCCGGUUUGAAGAACAGCAGUAUACUGAAAUCAAGGGUCAACCAAGAGGGCUUCAAAAAUUCAGAGGACGAAGAAGAGGCAUUGUGGGCCCAUUUUAUGCCAGGGGUCAUAAAAAUACAGCAGAAGUAAGGGGACCUUGCUUUGAUUCACCACAACAGUUUUUGGGCCAAAGAGGACCAUCUCUUGGUUUACAUAGACGGAGAAGACCUUCACCUCAAAACUGUGACAGUUUUGAUGAUCAUAAUGAAACCCAUUCAUCUGAUUUUCCCGACCAUUCCACUACCACCCCCACUCAUUUUACAAAACCACAGCAUAAGCAUUUGGGACAGCCACCUGCAAAUUUGGAGGGCUGCCUCAGACAGACUAAUGUACGUCCUUUACGACUAUCAGGUCCACUACUCCCCACUCCUCCCGGAGGGCCGAUUAGGAGGAACCUUUCCCGGGGACGCGGACAAAACUCUCACAAUGAAUGUAACAGGGACUACUUGACCUAAGACAAGGUCAUGUCGCAAAGGAUGUUAAUGGAUGCUGUAUUCAUGAAGAUAAGCCAAGCAUUAGUAACUGUUUUAAACUUCUGCAAAGUGGUUUUUCUAAAAGUGUAAUUCAGGAGGAACAAAGAGUUGAGUGUGAAAGUGGACCGGAAGAACCGAGUGUUCAGGAGGACGAAAUCUGUACAAGUUGGAGGAAAGAUAUUACCUCAAAUCUGAUAUCUGAAGACAGGCUACACAACACAAGGAAAAUAUGAUGAAGAGGAGACUGAGUUGUUUAAAAUGUUUUUUUUUUUUUUUUUUUUUUUUUUUUUAUAAUAUAGAGGAAAUGUUAGAGUACAUGGCUGCAGACUAUAUAGAAAUGAUAGGAGCAGGUCUUGCAGUGUUUGGCUGAGUAGUCAAGAUUUAAACUAUCGGGUGCUGCAAAAUUGUAAUAUAGAUUCAGUUCAGUUUGCAAAAUGUUCAGAAUUAGAAUGGAUUGAAUAAAGGAGCAAGACAACCCCUCUGAAAGUUUGAAUUAAUAUUUACCAGUUCAAGCAUAAAUACACCUUGUUAUACACCAGUACACUGUGUGUGUGUGUUCAUUGUCUGUUCUGGAAAGUGAAGCAGUGAAUGUCAGUCAAGCAGUUUUUGAUAAAUCUGUUAAAAUUUUCUUGAAAGGCUGAAGGUUUGUUCAUCCUUCCAUGCCAACUAAAUUACUUCAAGUUGAUUACUAAAAAAUGUUUUGGUUUGUUUUGUGGAAGCAGGACAUGGUCAUGUUAACUACUGACAGAAGUUUGUAAAAAAAGAUUGUUUUCUCUUGCAAUGAAAAAAGUUCUUGGAGCUAAAAAUAGCAGUGUACAUUUGUGCAUAGAUUUUUAUGUAAUUUUCUAAAUGUAUAUUUGUAAGUAAUUCAGAGCCUCAAAAGAUGGAAUCUUUUGGAACAUCCACUGAUGUCAUUUAUUAAACAACUGAACCACAAAUCCUGACCAGUGCACAUGAUUGUCUCUAAUUGUGUCUCUUCGACCAAAAUAAAAAUUCUGAUUGUUUAAUUACCCUUACGUGGUUCCAAUACUGUUUUUUCUUCUUCUGUAGAAUACAAAAUAAUAUAUUUUGUAAAACACUGGGAAUCAAGCAACGGGAACCAUUGACUUUAAUUGAAUGCACAAAAAACAUGUUUUUCCCCCAUGUCCCACAGAAGAAAUAACACAACAUACACACAAACACAUACAGUCAUGGAAUGACAGUAAAUUAAUAAAUGAUGACACAAAAAAAAAAA